AUGCUCUUUAUCGGACUAACAGGCUCCAUCGCAACGGGCAAGUCCACCGUUUCUUCAAUCCUCUCCAACCCGCCUUACUCCAUCCCCCUCAUCGACGCCGAUGUCCUCGCCAGGAAAGUUGUCGAGCCGGGUACAAAGGGUUAUGCUGCCAUCGUGAAGCACUUCCUCCCCACCACCCCGGACCUACUCGUCCCGGUCUCCGACGACAUGCCCGAGGCCGGGCCCCAUGGCAAGGGACGACCCCUCAACCGGCCUGCUCUCGGAAAGCGUGUCUUUGGCGACACCGAGGACCUCAAGCGUGACCGCGCCGUUCUCAACGGCAUCGUCCACCCGGCCGUCCGUGUCGAGAUGUACAAAGCCAUUUUUCGCGCCUACAUCACCGGCCACUGGGCUGUUCUGCUCGACGUCCCCUUGCUGUUCGAGAGCGGGCUCGAUCGCCUCUGCGGGACUGUAUUCGUCGUCGCCGUCAAGGACCCCGAGGUGCAGAUGCAGCGCCUCAUGGCACGCGACCCUCACCUCAGCCGCGAGGACGCUGAGAACCGUGUGCGAAGCCAGACGGACGUGAGGCUCAAGGCGAGAAGAUGCGAGGCCCGCGGCCCUGGCAGGGGUAUCGUGCUCUGGAAUGACGGCUCCAAGGAGGACCUAAAGAGGGACAUUGGUGAGGCCAUCCGCCACGUACAGGCGUCGAGUCCCGUUUGGUGGAGCUGGCUGCUCCUCGCAUGUCCGCCAGCAGCGGUGGCCGUUGGAGCAUGGCAGUUCUGGCAGAACAUUCACAUCAACAAGGCGUGGGCGGAGCAAGAGAGGAUUGAGAAGGCCAAGCUGUAG